AUUUCACAGUCAAGAAUCGCGUGAAGGAACCCUUGCAUACCAUCGUCCACUUUAUCUUCUUUAGAGCCUUUAUGAUCAGGUUUGUGUUUCAUUUUCAACCUAGUUUCACAGUCAUUUAGUAUUAGUAUAGUAUACAGCUUCCUUAUAACCCCCGUCAUUUCGUAUGUUUGUAGCAAGUCUAUCGUAUGAUAUUUUUAAAAUAUCUUUACUGACGCUGAAAAUAAAACAUUCAUGGUACUUCAUUCUGCAGUCAGCAAGGAUUCACUCUAAAUUGAAAGUAUCUCUUGACUUCAAUCCCCGACAGAUUGAUGUCGAUGAAUGAACAACCCAAGAAAGCCACGCCCAAUUAGUUCUUUACCUCAAUCCUUACGACUUCCGAUAAACUCUACCUAUCUAUUUUAACCUUAGUCAUCACCCGUUAAAGCCGUAAUGGUUUGUACUGUUCACUGUCGCAGUUUCAUUUAUGACUUAUUCCUGUUUAUUGUGUUGAUUACUAGUCACUUGUUUGGAAAACAACCCAAAAUAAUAUUACUCAUCUUAAAGCAGUUUCUGGACCUUCUACAGAAAUCUGCAGGCAUUCGCUCGCUCAGUAUCCAGACGUAGCUUAGUGAAUGGCGUGUAUGAAUGCACGCUUGUUUUUGUGAGAUUUUUAUCUAAUGAUAUUUUAAAACAUUUUAGAUCUAAUAUCAAAAUCAGCGUCUCUGUACUAUGAAAGUAAAAGUAUAAACCCUAUUUAAAAAAUUAUCGUUACAAAUCAAACUGCAAUUUUCUCGUAAACAGAUGUUGAAUGGACCGGCCCCCAGUUUGUUUGCAGUGCAGGCACUACUGAACUAACUGAAGUGCGGCAUUAGCGAACGAAACUAUAAUUUUGACAAACAAUGUUAUCGAAAUACUAUACAAAUGUUUUUCAUGUGUGGUUCUCAGAUAACAUCGCAUGACUUCUGAAUUUAAAGAGACCUUUUCAAAGAGCCCUUCACAAAAUGACAGCUCAACCCAUGACUCAUUAAAGUUAAUGCCCAAUCUCAAUGCAAUGCCAAAACGCCUGCCUGUUCACUUAUUUUCUUUUUCACUUUUAGUUUCUUCACGUAUUACACUUAAGUUCAAGCUGCAAAACAGCUUUCUGUGAAGAAAUAUCUUUAAUACAGGCUUAAAAAGUAACACGUGAACAUACUGGAUGCAAUUUAUGAAAGCGAUACAUGACUUGACCUCUUAGUCUACUUUGUGCAUAUGCACAGACACAAUCAUGUCUUUGUCUUUAAGUUGAUAUGUCCCCUCUUUGAAAUAAAAGGCCUAGUGAAUUGUUCACAUGAUAACAGAGUGAAACUCGUAAGAGCAAGUGAGCAUAUCUGCUUACACUAUAGUAGAGACCGGGGGGAUACUCUUGAAAACUGUGGGAGGUGGUGUGGGGUCUGUUUCGUGCGACUCUUCCCUGUUUCUAACCGAAUCAUGUUUUAUUUUUCCCACUAUCUUUCAGACCUGACGCAGAAUUAUUUGCCUUAUUUUGUGCCGUACUGAUAAAGUGAAAGCAUGUUGAUGCAUUUUCUUAGAUUUUCAGUAGCUGGUUGAUUUGUUACCACUUUGCAGAAGAGCUUCAGUUUAAUCACAGUCAACUUCUUCUCAGGAGAUGUUGAAUAGAAGAGAAAUGUUGUGGUUACAUACUUAAUUUUAGAGUAAGCCAUUCCCUUUAAAAGAUCAAAAUAUUUAAAAUCUACUCCCAUUUUCACAAAUAAUUCACAAAAGCCUAAAAGGCUUACAUGUAAGUCAACUGUCAUACCCUGUUGGAGAUUCAUAUACCUGAGAGAGAGAGUAUCCCCCCCUCCCGCUCCGACCCUUAUCUGGCUGCUUAGUUAUAAAGAUUGCGCAUUUUUCUGGUAAAAUUCCCUGUCACUCGAUUGUGAUGAUUGUCAUUUCUGUUGUUGUAAUAAAAUCCACAAAAUCAACGAUAUGAUUCCCCUUUUAAGACAGAGGUCACAGCGGUAAUACUUCAGAAUGCCUUACAACCAUGUUGCUUAUUUCACAGGAAAGAAUCUCGUUAAGGGACUUAUCGUCAUUCACUUCAUUUUCUUCAGCCCGUAGUCGCACUUCAUAAACAGGUUUGUGUUAUGUUUUAUGUAGGAUAAGCUAGAUGGCAUUUGCCAUGAUCAAAAAACAAAACAAGUGUAUCGUGCCGUACUACGUUUCCUAUUGCUGUCGGGUGUUUGGGAGAACUUGAGGUAUUACGGUGAAUUCUUAUGGGUGUAAUGAUACGCUGCUACCCCCACUGGCCAACACCUGAAAAGUGCGUGACUUAAAAUUACUCUUUCCUCCUUAGCAUAACAUUACAUUAUGUGUACAAGAAUGAUUCUUGUUUCUCUGCAAAAUAUCGCGUGAUUCCGGCCCAGACUUUGACGCCAUUCGAUGUAAAUAUAAUUACGCUUUCCCUCAAGUCAUCUUCUUCUACAUAUGUCUCACUUCCGAGGCAGAUCGGAAAGAACUUCAAUGCCAUGCUAAAUGUUCGGUUUUCCAAGUCUUAAUUUGUCUUAAAUCAAAGAAUGAGAAAUCGGGUAUCUUGGUAUUAUCGCUGGUUCUUGAUGUACCCAUUCCUCAUUUCUGUUAGCCAUAUAUUUGGAUCGCCCAGUGACGCCGGUAAGCAGACUUUCUGAAACUAGAAUGUUCACUUUAAAAAAUUUAAAGUUCAAGGCACAAAUGAAUAAUAAGAGAAUAAACGCCAAGGAAUUACUUCUCUAUUUGUGGCUUCUUUUGUCACUAGAUACUAUCUGCAGUGUACGCUUUAGGGGUAAAUCGCGACAUUAAUGAUAACGAAAUGAAGGUGAAUUACUAACAUAAAACUGAUUCUGUUAUAUUAAGCCAACAUUGCAUACGAAGCUCCUUCUCGAAAUCAUUAACUUCAAACUGCAAAGGAAUUUUUGUGUGAAAAGAUGAUCAGUAAACUAAAAAUUAUCAGCUGAAGAUCGGUGACCGUCGUGAACGUCCAAGUCUUUCAAGAAGUCUUAAAUAAUGUUCUUAGUCUUUAACAGACUUCUUUCUCGUUUUAAGCGCAAAUCAACAAAGCUGGAACUUUUUUUAACUACUGAAAACAUAUUGUCACUUUUGCGUCCCUUUUUUUGGCAAAUUUAGAUCGCGUGAUUCUGGACUCAUUCUUGGUAGAUUAAUGCGUUUUUACAAUUGUCGCUAAACACAAAGUUCUGCUGUUUAUCUUCCAAUCAUAGUGAUUGGUCAAUCUUUUUUUCCCUGUUUUUCGACAAAGAAGUGUGAAUUAAAGAAGGAUUCAUUCUUAUUGAGCCACUGUUGAAACUUGUUGAAGCCGUUUAGCUACAUGAACUGAGUUAGAACUAUUUCCCGAGGAACUCAGGAAAGACUGUUUAUAUAAUUCUUCGUUGCGAAUUGGUGCGAUCUGUCCAUAAAAAAAAAAUGAUAAACUGAGUAUUUUCCUCAUAGAAUUCAGCUCAUAUAUGACAGUAUCCCCAGAUCCCCCUUACUUAUCUUUACUUAUCAGUUCUUCUGUCCCUUUUUUUCUCUACAUUAGACAUUUGCUCCUGGAAAGUCAAGAGGUUUGUACUUGUCAACCUUUUUUCCUUCAGCUGUAGAUUUUUGAUCGAAAAGGUUAACUUACCCAUUUUAUGAGCAGCUUAAGGGAAGAGAAUCAUCUAAAGAAUCAACAUGACGCAUUCAGUGUUUUUCAAUACCCACAUGAUCCAUAAAAUCUUCCGCCAAUAGAGCUAAAUUUUACGGAUAUUUAGUCAUAUAAUAUUUAGAUAAAAAGUGAUAACUCUGAUACUACUCUUAUUGAUACCAUAGAAAUUGUACUGACCUAUUUAUCGCUUCUCCCGAUAAUUGACAUAAUUCGAUCCAAUUUCCUCAUUCAGUUUUCCCUUAUCGCAUUCCAAUCUUUUUGCAGAUCAACCGAGCAAAGUACUGGGACCUAAGAGUGAAAGUACGUGUGACAAUUUUUCUGGCAGCUUCUUCUCCGCAAUGAAUUGCGAGGUCAGUUAGCUUUUUUUUCCAGUUUCCUAGCUUAAUUGUAUUCAAAAGGUAAUGUUAAAAGGUAAUGUUUCAUCUUCAAAAGUUGAUCAAUGUGGUCAUUGUUUAUUCCAGGCUUUUGAAGCUUCUUCAUAAUUGAACAAUGGACUACACUGAAUCAACGUUAGGUAAGCUUCUUGACCUCAGUAAACGCAGCUGUUUUUGCUUACUAUGGAUCUAGAAAUGUUCAUUCUAAGAGGAAGUCUUUUUUUAGAAGCCUGUAUUCUUUCUUUUUCUACAAUUAAUGUGAAUUACCCACUUGUUGUUAAACACCAGUUAAUGCAGACCUUUUUACGUAGUACUCGGUAAUACUCGAUAUUUCUCAAUUGAUUAGUUAUAAUAAUCGAUAAAAAUCGAUGAUCACAAAUUUGGCUGGAUUUCCCCAUUUUUUUUCCAUUUGAAGCUGAACUAGCGAGCGGUACGGCUGUUGACUUAUUGAGUGGUAGAACUAAGAUUUGUUGAAAGGAGCAUGACAUCGUGGCAGAAAAUGACACGAGUCACGUUACAUUAUUGCUCUUAUGGUUGUGUUUCCUAUCGAUUUGAGCGCAUGCAGUACCCCUGAGUACCCUGUAGUGACAUACAAAUUCGUAGGGUUGAUAUCAAUAAAGUGAAGAAAGUGUUAUGGAUAUGUUUAUUGACUUUAAUAUCAUUUUCGAGUUGCUGUUUAUCAGUUCUAGCGAGUGAUGAUGGACUAAACACAACAGGAAAACGAAUCAACCAACUUGGCCUCGCACAUUUUUUAUCUUUUCGAUAUUUUUCAAUCAAAAUUGAUAAAGUCAAUUGUUUAAUCGCAGAAAUCGAUAAUCACAAAAACUCGACCGAUCGAUUUCCAUCGAUUUUCGAUAUUAAUCGAUAAAUUAUUGAUUACUAUUGAUUUUAAUCGAGUAUCGAAAAUAUCGAUUUGUUACUUCCUGAUAAUGUGUAAGUCGAAAUUUAUUAAAAUUCGAAUUACGGUUAAUCCCAGACAAAAAUAUACCAUUUGUGGCCAAAUAUCCCUACCCCGAGUAACGGUAAGUUGAAAAGGGACCACAUUACCUAUCAAUGUAAAGGGAGUGUUGGGGGGCAGGGAGGCAGGGCAUGGUGUGGAGAUUUGACAUUUUUCCAAAAUUUGUCGUCAAAUUCCCUGCCCACAGGCAAAUCAUUCCAGUCAAAUGCAGACAAAUUUCCUAGAGCUGAUAAGUUUUAUCAGGGUUGCUACAGUCAGGGAAAAAUGAAAAUUUUUUAAAGUCAGGGAACUCUGUUUUCUGGCACAAUGCAUCAAGGUUAGCAAUGGGCCUUUAAAGGCAAAAUUAAACCUCUUUGAAUGUUUUUAAUCUGAUGGAGUUUUCUGUUUUGAAAAUAGAGCUUCUGUUUAAUUUGAUACAGCAAUUCAAUCUUUCUUUGCACAUUGAACAAAGAAAGUUUCAAAUAUCCCCUCCCCCGGGAGAACAAGAUCAUUCUAAUGCCCCACCCCAGUUCCAACACACAAUCAAAUCCCCAGCCCACCCCAUAACUUGCCUUACUUUUUGCCAUUUUUUUCAGUUAAACUGCAUGGCUGACCAAGACAGUUGGUAUGACUUGGACUGAAAGACUACUGAUGGAAUUAAUUUCAUUUUAACAAACAAAGGUAUUCUCUUACAAUACCAAUCUAAAAUGGUAUUUCUCUACAGUCUGAGUUCUCUUUUAUGUGAUGUGUUAUACAAUGCAAGUAGAAUGAAAGACUUCGCUUUUGUUAGUCCUCAAAAAUAUCCUGGGGAUUUGCUGGCAGGGAAAGUUAUUAGAGAUUUUGGUCCACAGCUAGUUUGCUGAUGUUAAAAAUGAAGUUGAGAUGCUCCUUGUUGUGGAACAGCAAAAUAUUGAAAAAUGUUUAAAAUAAACUUAGUGAGAAGCACGAGAACAGAUGUUUUAUGAGUCAAAUGAGUAAAUGAGUCAUGAGUCAAUGAGUUAGGUGAAAAAAAUUAAAGUUUUGGUAGAAACAAUAAAAUUAGGCAUUACUUUUAUUUAUUUUGUGUACUUACUUCAUUGCUGCCUGCACAUGCAAGGCCUAUUUCUGACAUGAAAUAUCAACCUGGGCUGUUUGUUAGCAGUAUCCCAGGACUCAUUUGACUCAUUUAUACUUUACACUUGCGUAGCACAUGUUGCAGAAUAAACUAGUUUUACUGUACUACAUUUUCACUGAAUGCUUAUUCACAAAGUUGAAUUUAAAAAACUAAUUCUGCUGGCACCAAAUUCUAGUAUACUCUUGUUAAGUAAUUGCAACAAAAAUUGAACAAAUUCUCAGUGAUGGAGAUACGUAAAACAUGACGAAAAAUAAUGUCAAUGUUAUUAAAGAAAUAACUUUUGCUUUAGGUUUUGUAAACUUGGCAACAACCUCUAAGGAAACAGUACAUGAUGACUAAGUAAAAGAUUGUUACUGAGUGUAGCAUAGAGAGAAAACAUACCUCAACAUGCAAGAGUGCAAGUGCUACAUUGGGUUUUUUUUGAAUUAUUUUAUUUUAGCUGUACGAGUUGAAGAAAUAAUUGUCGUUGAGCCUAAAUUGGCAAAGGAUACUUUAAGAGGGUGGUAUUAAAUUUGCACCCAUCAUACAGUUGACUCCCAAUAACUCGAACCUUCGAAGGAAAUCGAAAACAGUUUGAGUUAUUGGGAGUUCGAAGCAAAUAACCAUAAGUAUAAGGUAAUGGGAUGGGGAAGAAAUGCAAGUAUCUUGUAACUUAUUCUCACUUACUGUCAGUUGCAUGUAAGCGUGUACACGCGAGGAAAAAACAUGUUCUAAUUGGGUGCAAGAAUGACAUGUUUUGCCGCCAAACAUUUGAAGUUUGGAGAAGGCAGCUGUUAUCGACUUGAUUUGUUUUCGCUCAACAAAAUAUUCUUAGCAAGUAUUUUUAGGCAUUAAGAAUAAUUUCUAGAGGCAAGUGUGCUGUUUCUGAGCAAUAAAUAUGCCUGGCAGUUGAGAAAAAUGAAAUAUGAACGGAAUAUGCUGGUCAAAAACGUUCUAAUAGAAGGGUGCCAGACAUUUGAAGUUUGACAGCCAUUAAAGCAAACUGUCAUGCCAAUGUUAAGUAGUUUAUAUGUUUUUGACCAGCGCGUUACAGAGUAUGGUACUGGUAUUCACCAUGUCGAGCUUUGCAUGUUGAGUACCGUGUUUGCUGCAAAAACCAUAUUGCUGAUCAUAGAGAAUAUGAAUUUUGUAAUAAAUUUGAAUACCGGUAGUCAGGUAAACAUGUCAGUGGCCUAAGCGUAUGUAUUCUUGUGGCUUUGUGGCUUUGUCUGUUUAGAUGUGUUUUGCAGGGGCCUAUAAGGUUGAAGGUACUAUGGGGUUAUGCUUAGGAACCAAUGAGAUUUUGGCAUCCAAACAUGACAUUGCUGCACUAAAGGUCAAACAAGGGCACUUUAUUGAGACUGCCAUUUUGGUUCUUCACAAUUUGGUCAUCUCUUGUUACGGCUAAAGGUGUUUAGAAAUAUCUUCAUGAUUUAAAUGCUGAGUACUGUGAUGCAGCUGUUUAAUAGUUCACAUUUUAGUGUGGCUGCUGGUUCAAGACAUUUAUGACCCAACUCGGCUAUUGCGAACGGCACAACUUACGUGAAUUAUGUUUCACCCGCUCCAAAGUGAAGGAUAAAAAUCAUAUUUUUUAGGUCUACAAAUGAAAUGUUAAUAUAUUUAUUUGGUAUUUAGAUAUUGACUUUAAAAGGACUGUGACAUGCUUUUGUGCAUGUGCGGUGUCUUGAUUUCUGGUCUGGUGAACCUUUUUUCAAGAUUUGCUUUUCGUGAAAAAAUCCUCUUCCAUCGACUCUGAGAUGCCCGAGAAAGCUAUUAUAUCAGUAUUCAAGAGCUAUUUGGUCCAUUUUGGAAGUUUUAAACACCAUAUUUUGUGUUUUUGUGCAAGCAUUGUUGAGAAAAUUUGAAGUCAUUGAGAAGAAGUGCACUAAGGCAUAUUAUUUAUUGUCAGUGUUCCUAUACAAACGGAUCAAAUGUGGCGUUUAAACUUGGAAGUAGCCAGUUGACGAAGUAAUAAUUAGAGAUUGUUUCACUGAGUGGAAUAACAUAAGUUCCAAUUGGACAAUUCUGUAAUGAUGUUAGGGUAUCAAUCUUAACAUUGAAUGAUGUAUAAUUAUAUAUUUGUGGAUGUUAGAAAAGGAGGUGUUUUGUUAAAAUCAUUUGAGCAAAGUAAUCUCAUAAACAAUAUGUGUUCUUUCUUGUACAAAUUGUAAAAGGGGCAAUCUUCAUGUGCAAUUUGUGUGCAUGAGAAGUUUUUAUAACCUAUAAUCCUGUUUACUACAUUACUGUGUGAUAACUUGAAUUCCCUCAUGUACAAACCACAAAAGGGGGCAAAGUCCAACACUUUCACGUGGCAGCUGUGUGACUGCCCAUCUCAUGCUGGCUUUUCGCAGUAAUAAUAGUAACUUGAACGUAUAAAGACCUGUUUCAUUUUGUAACCAAUUCCUUAAGUUAAAGUUCUUGUCUUUUAAGAAGCAAUAGUUUUUAAAACAUGCAGAAUUAAGUCGUCAGAGUUAGACUGUCUCAAUGAGUAGAAUCACAUGUAAAAACCUCGUGAAUUAUGAUGAUGCAACCAUCUACCACAAUGAUAAAAAUCCUGAUAUUUCGUAACUAUUCGCUAUUCCAUUGCCACAUGUUCUUAAGAAACUCCAGAGAAACCUUUGAGUUUUCCUUCUAAUCAAUGUUUGGUGAGUUGAUAUUUUUUGUACUUAAACAAUAAUAAUAUUGUUUAACUUGCACCAGAUGUAUCAAGGAAAGACAGAGGAAAGUGAAUAUAUAGCAUGAGGAUCAACUCAGCUGAGCGUUUUCAUUCAUGUACAGCAAUACCCAAUUUUGCACAAAAAACUAGUCAUAUAGUUACGACUGGAGCUGAAGCGUUCAAAAUAGCUCAUGCACGUUGAACGUGCCUGUGUUUGUGUUAAGUCAGUAAACUGCAUUGUUGUGUAAUAUUACCUGGGAACAAGGAAGGUGAAAUGAAUAUCUGAAUUUCAUAUUAUUGGGACCACGGAAUAAAGAAAUGAAGAUCAUCGCAUUUAAAGAUGCAACUUAUGCAGUGGCAAAAGAAAUGCCUGAAAAAUAAUAUUUAGGCUUCCAGACACAGCGUAUAUUAAUUAGGAACCGAUAUGUGAUAAUGACCAGCCCUCAGUUGGCUUGCCAGCUCAAUUGGUUAGAUCACUGCACUGGUAUCCUAAGGUCAGCGUUUUAAUCCUGGUAAGCCUGAUUUUUUCAGGCUUUCUGUAGUACACAACUGCAUUAAGUGUCGGCAAAGUUAAGCAGCUCAAUCCACUAAACUACUAUUUUCUGAUGCAUAAAUUUUGAUCUUGGUUUAAUUGUAGAAUGGAUAAAGAUCGUUCUAAGAAGAAAGGAGAUACUCUUCGGAACAAGAUAAAAAAAAGUACUGCAGAGCUAUUCGAGACAUAUAAACCAAAAAACCAAGGUAAAAAAGUUGUAAAAUAAUAUUUUGACAUUAAUUUAUGUUUCAUGUAGAUAUUCUUGGAGAUUAAGAACAAUAUUCCACGUAAAUAAUACCUACGAGGGUUUUUAGGAGAGUCUUUGUAAGUCUGAGGUGGAGUGUUUCUUUCCCCUUUGGGGAGCUGAUCCACUGCCCAGUUACUCUUCUGUCGAGCUAGAGGUUGUACAGCUGGAAGAUCAGGAUCUUUAAAUGAACAAGACACUGGUGAAAUGACUAAUUAUUUGUUGUUGUAUUUCAAGGUCCUUCUAUAUCUCAAAGGGAUGAGCAAGCUGGCCCAAGUACAAGUUUUGAUACAGGUCAAAAAGAGAUUACUAAUUCAUUGUAUAUGAGAAUCACAACAGCUCCCUGACAGUAACCAGCUACUAAACUUUGUCUUCUAUCUAUUAAUUCUUCAAGGUUCACAGCAGGGAAGUAUCUCCUCCUCUUUUUGGUACCUCUUAUAGAGCUUAAAAUGAAUUUCUUCCAUGCUGACAAAGCAAGAUUCCGAUACCUUGCGGGGAUACUUUGGAAUUUUUUAUUUGACCAGCACCACAGUUGUUUAAUAGGGUAGUAUAUCCUUCUCCCCCCCUCCCCCCACCAUGCCCUGAUGACACUAGCAACCAACUUUACAGGGCUGUCACUAAGGGCCGGGAGGUGUGGAUUUCCCCUGGCUGCUAUGAGCAUGAUCCGUGGUUACUUUAUUCAUAGGGAAUAAAAGGAAAAUAGGACCGAAAGAAUUUCCAGGAUGUUCUAUUCCGUACUCUGAAACUUGAAACCACAGUGACAGCCUUGAACUCUAAGCAGUAAGCUCUCUGCUCCAUUGGCUUAAUGUUCUGGUUUUAGAUCAUUCUAGAACUCUACCCUCUGAUUGGUUGCAAAGGUCCAGGAAAUAUAUAUAUAUAUAUAUUUUUUUCCUGUUUUGAAAAUAUUUUUGAACUGCAACUGCUUAUUACAUGAUUAGAUGGCUUUCAGAAUCAACUCAGUGUGCAGCUGAAAUCCUGCAUAACCAAGUUUAAAACAUAAAUUUGUUGUCUAAAAUUGUGCACACUGCGACAAGACAUCAUUUAGUGAAUUAAAAUGUCAGUAUCACCCACAAUUUAACAGUAAAAGCUAAGAUGUAAGCUUUCAGUCCCAAGACAAGCUGCUCAGUGCUUUUUGUUAUUGAAACUUUAUUAUUCAGACCCAGAAACUAAAAUGUGAGUAGUAAAAAAACUGACAGAUUGAUGAACAUCCCCAAAUACUUCUGAAUAACUGUUGUUUUUAAUGUCUCACUUCAAUUUUUAUUCUAUUUUGUUUAACUCACAGACCUGUCAGCAAGGAAACAGCCCUCUUGCUCUACAGCCACUAAGGAGGAGUUACCAGGUACUAUAUUAUAUCAAUAAAGCAGAAAUGGUACCAGACAUACAGUAGAUUAAAAACGCUUGCUUGAAUAUGAAAAUGACUUUUAUCAUUUGUUAUGUUGCAAUACAAAGUGAUCUUUAUUGUCGCAGUUGUUUAUAUUUAUUUCAGCAAAGAAGAAGUAUGAUGUGAUACUUUUAAGCGUCAAAUUCUUCUCCUCGUUUAAUUUUUCUGUUAGCAUUUUGCUAAGGUAUUUUUAACCUGCGUUAAUCCUCUAGGCCAGUUAUAAAAAAUAAGAAUUAUUUUUAGCACUCAACCACAAAUGUCACUAACAGCUUUGGAGAGGUAGCCCUCUCUUGGUGUCUCCUCCCUGAACCUCUCUUUGUGGGGUAACGCCCCUUUACACUUGCUUUACUGAUGCAGUCUUCAAAGACAUUUACAUAUAAAUGUUACUCGGCCAAGGUUGCCCAUCCCGCCGCAUUCAUAAUUUGUAAUUGUAAAUAAUUAGUAAUUCUUUAUUUAGCUCACGGUGAAAUUACAUUUUCAACUUUUUUAUAACUGAAAUUUGUGCUAGGUUAUAACUUUAUAAUAUAGGAGAAAUAAUAAGUGCGAGCUGGGAAGCGAAAUAUACUGUUAGAUUUUCUAGUAAGCUCCCCAUCCAAUUAAAGUCAGUGUGUAAGCGGUGAAAAAGAAGAAAAUUGAAUAGAUAAAUGAAUUAAUAAAUUGAAUUAAUAAAUAGCAUUCCUUCUAAGUUUGAUCAUAGUAUUUAUAUUCUUACACUAUAUUCUGGUGUUUUAGAGCCCUGAUAUCUACAUGCACUGUUACUUGCAUUUCUGUUGGUGUAUCAUGAGUUGAGGAUAAUUUGCUUUUUUAAAUAUGGAAAUUUUAUUGAUAUUUAAUGAUCUGAUCAGUUUAUAUAAAUAAGGGCCUAUAUUUUGUGCGUCAACUACCCCCCUUUAACUUUCCUCGCCUAUUAAGAUAUCAAGUCGUUAAUGAACAAUUCUUUAAAAGAAAAGGAAUGUAAAAUUUUCUUCAACAGAUUCUCUCUGCCUCGAGGAGUGCCAGAAACAGCUGCGGUCAAUUUAUGAACGCAACAGCACAGUCAAAAUCGUUCCGUGGGACCAAAGCUCUGCCGUUCACAUUGACAAAGUUUACACCCAGUUGUCUUGGCUCAUGGAUUUGAAGGAUCCCAGCGGAGUAACACAGAAGGAGCUUGAACACUAUACCAACAUUUUUGACGGCGGAAGACUUCAUCAUUUGCCUAAGCGUAUUUUGGUUCACGGACGACCAGGUAUCGGCAAGACCGUUUUUACGCAGAAAGCUACAUUCGACUGGUCCCAGCAGAGAUUUGAAGGAAAGUUAGGAAGAUUUGAUCUCGUACUUUUGGUCAAAUUACGCGAUGUUUGUAACCUCAACGAUGUCCCAGCCGUUCUGAGCGCUGCUAAUCUUCUUGCAAGUGAUGGCCCAAUUUCCACUGACAACCUGUACGAUUACGUUCGUCACCACCAAGAAAAAGUGUUGCUUAUUUUGGACGGCUAUGAUGAAUAUGUACACAGUGCAGCAAGCCAAUCACCUGUUCUUCAAAUCUGGGAGAAAAAGCAGUUGAGGGAUUGUUGUGUUAUUAUAACGUCUAGAGACAUGAAAGGAGAGGGAUUGAAAAGUUCCAGCGAUGCUCAAUUUGAGAUCGACGGUUUUGAUCGUAUGCAACAAAGAUAUUUCGCCCGUAGAUUCUUGAAAGAUGGUCAAGAUAUUGAAGAGUUUUUUGAAUACUUGGAGCAAAAAGACCUGAAAGAUGUAGCAAAAAUACCUAUUUUGCUUUUAAUGUUGUUGUUGGUUUGGAAAGAAAAGGAUCGUGAAGGACUACCUUCAUCACGGGUGAUGGUGUACUUCAAGUUUCUACAGACUAUGUUUAAUCAUAUGUCUGAAAAACAAAAAACGGAGGCGGAAAAAGUUGAGAACCACAUUAGAGAACUUUGUAAAGUAGGAGAACUAGCAUUUGACGCACUUCUACAAGAUUUACUUUACUUUCCUCUCAGUAAACUGCCGGAUCGCGUUUUGAUUGAGAAACUCAUCGAGGCCGGGUUGUUUCAGCUGCUAAACGUGUGCGCUCUUAACCCCUGCAAAGACGUUCACUUCAUUCACAAAUCAAUGCAGGAGUUUGUAGCUUCAUUAUUUCUAAAAGAAGAACUGUUAUCUCAAGAAAGUAAAAACAAUUCCCUUUUCAAGGUCGACUCAAUUGAAAAGAUCUUUAAGUUGGAUGAAGUUUUUAAAUUUGUUGCUGAAAUGUCCGAAGAAGCCGCGCGUAAGAUCUUGAUUCAUCUGUUGGGAAUGGCGGCGAAGGAAGACGGAGAGUACAGCUUCGACAACCAAGCACCGUCAGUCGAAGAUUUGUCUAAUGAACAAAAAAAUCUUCUAACGCUAUGUACACAGUUAUUCUUCUGCUGUUCAGCAGACACGAGAACAGAACUUUACACCACUUAUCUUUCUAAUCUAGGAGGUGUUUUGUUCAUUUUAAAUCCUGACCAGCUGAAUAUUGCAGCAAAGGAAAAUUUUGUUAAAACUUCCGCUUCACUUAUGUACAUAUUUUUCUCUGAAAGCGACCAGUACACAGAGCAAAGUUAUAAUAAUUUAAUUAGAUUAGUACAGCAAUUAAACGCUGUUAUAGUUAGUAGAACAGGAGAACAAAAAGCAUCAGAAUUUUUGAAUGUAUUUCCAUGGCGUAGUGUUGACGAGUUUUUGUUAGUGAAAGAAGAAAACAACACUCGCCUUUAUUUCUAUAAAAUUGUGAAUAGUCAAUAUGAUGGCUUUUCUCUUCCUUUUAAAAUGGUAAAGACGUUAGUUAGUUUAGAAAAGACAACAAAGAAGACAAACAUGAAUGGUGGUGAAUUAGGUGAAGAGAGCAGCAGCAGCUGUUGUUCAAAGCGUCAUGGUCUCUCCAGGGUUCGGAGGAUUGAAGCUCGGUGGGUGAACAGGUCAGAAGUAGAACUACUGAGUGACAUGAUGCCGUUUAUCACCGCUCCACACGUGAUACUGGUUUGGGUUGAAGAGGGUGAAGUGUUGCAUGCUGAGGUAACAGAGUCUCUGCUGAGGAACAUCCCAAUAACACACAAACUGGAGAGAUUAAUACUCGAGCUUAUCAAUGUAACAUCGAUAUCAUCACCUGCUGUGGAGUUCAUCAGCAGAGUAUUCAAACAAGAUCUUCCAAACUUGAAGUUGCUCAGCAUGUCAGACAAUCCUCUCCUGGGUGCAGGAGUUGACAGCUUGAUAGAACAUCUCAGCUGCGCUCCUCACCUGGAGACACUGCUGCUUUACGGAGUGAAGAUGACUUCACAGCAGGUGAUGAAUCUCUCAUCAGCUGUACAGCACGGAAGUAUCACUAAACUGGAUUCAUCCUACCACGUAAGUUUUCCAAUUUUAACGCGAUUUGUUUCUUUAUUUUUUGUUUACAGUUUAUUUCUACUCAGCUCUUGCCUUUCGCCAUUUUCCUUUCUUUGUCAUUUUUAUACUCGACAAAACACGCGAUUUGCUUUUGAAAACAAAUCACAAACUUUAGCAGAUUCAAAGUAUCAUUUCAAAUUCAUUUCUUUCAACUGAUUAAACUAACUUCAUAAAAUGUUUUAACUGAGAACGUUAAGAACAAGUAACUUUAGCUGAUAUUAAAACAUGGAGUUGAACACAAAAAGAGAAAUUUCGUUUCUUCAUGCAAGCAGCUAUAAGAUGAUAUUAUUGAGUAAAACAAGAAGUUUUAGCAAAACAAAAGCAUAUAAUUUCCACAGUAUUAAUUUCUGACUCAAUUUUAAUUCAUAACUUUUCAUAACGUAACAAACAACAAUCAUAAAAGUAAUUGAAAGAUGUUCAGUUCAUGUUCAAUUCAAACAAAUGAGCUUAGUUUGGUAUUAAAAAAGUGAAGAGUAAACACAUUGCACUCACAUUUUCACAUUUAUCGUCCAGGGUUCCCAUAAAAUCAGGUUAAGUCAAGUGAAGUUCCUUUGAAAGUCCAAAAAACAAACAAGUCUUUUUUAUAGCUGCUCUGUUGUUACUGGUUAGUUCUUGAGCGUUUCUUUGGUAAAUACUGGUCCUUGCAGUUCGGUGAAGCGUUAGUUUUUGAAAUAACAACCCGCACCAAAAAAAUUCUAUCUUCGAGACGACGGUUGAAAGCAACACCAAAAUACAUUUUCCUUGCAGGUAAACACUUCGCUGUUCUCCACUGUAUAGCGUAAGUGUCCAUUGCAUGAUUUUCAUCGCGUAAAUAGCAUAAAAGUUUGUUUUCAAUUUUCCAAGAACACUCGCCAUACCACAGGUGGCCCAAGCGUAAUAUGAGAGUUUGUAUGGGAAAAAUAGAGUUUAUUACACUGUCAGGUCAGAUGCUGUAAAAGUACUCAAAUCGCGCUGAAACUUCGUAAAAGCAAAGACAACGACUCUAGGUAACAAUAUUUACACUUAAUUAAGAACUUUUAUCGCUUUUACUUCAUUUAUUUCACCUAAGUUUCAAACUCUAUUUUUCCCAUACAAACUCUCAUAUUACGCUUGGGCCACCUGUGGCCAUACAAAUCAAAUCCUGCGGAGCUUUGGGCUUUCGUGAAAUAUCCUUAUAAAUGAUGUUUCCUUGAGCUUCGAACAACUCCUUAGCAUAUUCCUGAGUAAAAAGAGAUGAAUCCCUGUCUUGUGUAAUAUUUCCUUGAUGUUUUCUUAUUAAAUUUUGAGUUCAUCCUGAACAGUUUGCCGUUGAAGAGCGAACUGAACAAACUACAAAAACAACAAACGAUGCUAUUCAAAGCCUAGUGACGUGGCGGCAGCUGAUUGGUUAAAUCACCUCGGAUGAUUUUUCACGUGAUGACAUUUUCCCGCCUUUCGUUUCAUUACGUAACAAAUUCCCGCCCGUAAAAAAAUACACGGUGAUCUGCGAAUUUUGUAUUUCUGAAUAUAUUUCCAAAAGAAAAUAAAAAAGAUUUGCCAUUGUUGAUUUUGAUUCUAUUAUUUUGAAUGCGAAUUUCUUGUACGUGCGCCUUGAUAAAGAUAAUGUUUCUCUUUCUAAUCCCGCUGAGAGGGGAGAGGUAAAUCUCCCUCCUCCCUAAACUUGGUUUAAAAAUUGACGACGGGCAACACUCGUUUCUUGAACUUAGUCGUAAAGGCCGUUUUUUGACCUUCAGCGCUUCGCCUCUACACCAACAUACCAGACAAAGAAGGCGUAACCAUCGUGUGUCUAGUGCAGUUCUGCCCCCCCUCUCUCUCUCUCUAUGUCACGCAACGCCGGAGAGAGAGGGUCCUCCCCCACAUCCCUUAUCAUCACGCAAGAGAAGUCAAAAUCUUCGCUUGGAAAAAUUUCUCCCAGCAAAUAACUGUAAAGACGCUUAAAAAUAGUUUGUCAGUUGUUUUUAAAACAUUAACCUUGUGCUCGUAUAAUUUUUGACAAGGUGCCGGGUUCGAAUCCUGCUCAGUAGCCUUUCUUUUUUCCUUCUGUCUUUCUCUUUUUUGUUUCGUUUUCGUUUUUGUUUUGUUUGCUUACUUGUUUUGUUGUUGUUGUUUGUUCAAUAUAUACCUUCUAGAGCAAAGAUAGUAUAUAUAUGGAUAAAUAAUCUGAAUUACUAUCGUUUCCUACAAUUUUCACUCCUUUUUUAUCGCAAUAUAUUUUACAAAACUAAAACAGUAGUCACAUGCAGUCACAGACUGCCUUUUAUUAUUUAGGCCAAGUUUCGACUGCUGAUCUUUGCUUUCGGCACGCGAGGCUUGUUUUGAACUUAGUACAUCUUGUCAAAGUUGUUGUCAUAUAAACAAUAAUUGUCUUUCGUUGGUCACUGUAAUCGCAUUGUACUUUAAAUGAAGGUUUUCAAAUGUUUACACGGCCACACUUUAUUAAAGGGAGAUGGGUUGUUUUAAGUAUUGUUUUGUAUUUUGUUGAAGGAUCAUGAAGGAAACCCCAAACCUGAGGAUGAAUGGCCAUCAGAGAACUACUGGAAGAGCGAGUACCCUCACCUCUUUCCUGAUUCAUCACCUGAAUCAGCGCAUGAACAGGAGCAGGUUAGUCAUCACUCACCUAUUUCUGUGAAAGUUUAUUUAUUAAUAUUAGUAAGACUUUCAGUGUCUGUGUGAACAGUUCUUUUUUUCUGUCCGUCAGAGAUAAUCAAUACGCUCAGGAGCCUUCAUUUAUAAGUCUCCAUUACGGAGGAUUUCCGAGUUGGUGAUACUGAGUUAAUUUUUUUAAAAAUUAACUCAGUAUUUAUUAAAAUUAUUAUUAUUAUUAUUAUUAUUAUUAUUAUUUUACUGUAUUAAAAUACAGUAAAAACCCGCGUGUAAGAACCUAGUAGCUUAAUAACCUGCUGGAAGAAAUUUGCUUCUUUAUUACCCAACAAUAUAAGAACCGGGUUGGCCAAACGAGAUCAAGCAGGUUCUUAUAUGCGGGUUACAGUUAAAUUAAUGAGCUUAUUCAAUAUCUUAAAAAGAGAUUGAACAGGAACAGGUUAGUCACCAGCUUCGUUUGUUUAAGUUUAUGCAUCAGUCAUUUGAAACUCCGGCCCCCCGAUCCCCGGGACUUAGCAGGGAAUUUAACAUUGGUUUGGUGUUAAAACACCGCUAAUUUCCCCGCGCCCCGGGCCAGGUAGUUUGUUAAAAGCCCCGUAUAGCAGGGAAUUAGUAAAGUGUAGUUCCAGGCUCGACUUCAACCGCUCUGUCCGAUCUGGUAUUCUGUAUUUCUUAAAAUUCAAACUAUCGGACCUGUUAAUAGAAACUCUCGAUUGCGUUCCUUCAAAUUCAUGAAAAAUGUUACCCUGGGUGCCCGAGGAUUUGUUUCUUAUCUAAUUUCUGAGGACGGACCUCUGGAGCCAGUGUAGAAACAUGUGGUUAGAUCGCUCACAAAAAAGUAACUUCUGUAUGGUAUACUUGUAAGGGCAAGGGAUCUUAAGCGAAACCCGGGGGGGGGGGGUACUUCCUUAUAUAAGCAAUAUACCUACAGUCAACUCUCGCCUUGUGGACGCCCCGAUAAUACGGACAGCAAGUAAAUUCCCCGGCAAAACAAAUUACAAACGUUUGACUUAAAUAAACUCCCGCUAUUACGGACUCUCGCUGAUGAGGAACGUAAUUUGAAGUCCCUAUGGUGUCCGCUAUAAAGGGCCGGUUGACUGUAAUUCAGACAUAAUUUCUGCCUAAAUGUCAGGUCUGAAAACGGGUGUGGAUUUUAGAGGUCAGGUCUGAAAAAGGGUGUGGAAAGUGACAGUUUUUGGUCUGAAAUAGGGUCAGGAUUUGGAGAACUAGGCGACACACCCCCACCGAGAAUUACCCAGAGUACCCCCUGGGAAGCGAGAUUUGUGAAGUCCUUGUAAGGCAUGUGUAGGACGUUCCAUACACUUUCUUUCUGUGUCUUGAGACUAGGGCAACCUGUUCUGUGCCUUUUUGUGCCCCUGUUUCUCCUAUGUUUUAAAAUCGUCAUUCUCUGCGGCAUCAUCUCUCUUCUGCAGCCAUACAAAACUUUGGGAAACGAGGCUUUUCCUUCAGUCACUCAUGUUAAAUCCCCGCUUCUAUCCCCGCUUCCGAAAAUUCGUGUUACUGUUUAAUCCCCGCUCAUGACAUGGAAACAGGUAUUUUGUUAAUUUCCUCGCCACCUUGAUUCCCUUUUUAAGCUGUUUGGGGAAGAUAUCACUGACAUUUUGUGCCAAGUAGACCUAUAGACUUUCGAAAAAAGAGUGUUUUUCAAUAUUUGGUAGAUCAGUAAAGAAAGUAGAAACAGACACGUUAUCUAUAAUGUAAAGAAGGAGUUCGUUUUGUUCUCGUAACUCCGAUGAAGUGAUCGAUAACUCUCCAUCUGGUAGUUCGAAUGGUUACAGUGUUUUGCAGUAAGUCCAGUCACUAAUAUAAGGGUGUUGCACCUUGUAAUUAUCUCAACCCGUUUAGGAGAACUUACACUUCCCAGCUAAAUUUGCCCAUGAGACACUGUACUUCUUAUUAGGCCGAGUAUUGAUUUAAUGAUCUUCACAGUCGGUACGUGCCGCCUGUUUUGAAUUUUGUACAUCUUGUCAAAGUUUUUGUCAACCCGGCACCCUUUUUUAUGUUGCUGACUUAAAAUAUCCUUUGUUCAUGUUCUGUAAUACCAUUGUACCUAAAUGAAGGCUUUCAAAUGUGUACACGUCCAAAUUUACCUCAAGGAGGUGGAUGGUUUUAAGUAUUGUUUGGAUUUUGUGAAGGGAUUUUGUUUAACUUUGUUUAAAUUUAUUUACUGUAUUUUAUUGUAUUUCAUCUUAAACGAAAAUAUUAUUAAGAUUUUUAGUGUUUCUGUCCGCCGGAGAUGAUCAAACACACUCGAAGCUUUUGUUUAUAAUAAGGCCUCUACAUUACAAGUCUUACAAUGAUUUCCAACACUUAAAACUGAACACUGAAUUCAUUCCCCUGGAAUUCUGAAAUACCGUAACGAAAUUCUUCCAUGUAAUAUGUUUCCCCCGACGUACCGGGUGCAUCUUUAAACUUAAGGCUGGAAAUACUUAAGCUUCAAGGCCUUUUUAACGGAGUAUUUCCUUAUUUGCGUAUAGUUAACUACGUUGUGUGAUUGUGUUUGUGAUUUUAUUUUGUAGACCCAUGAAAGGGCAUCAGAGUUUCCAAGGAGAAAGAGAUGUUCCUGCUGUAUUAUCAUGUAAAUUACUGUGCUAGUUAGACAGCAAUCUUAAGAAUUGUCAAGCCUUGACGACUAAAUUAGAAAAACAGCAGUUUCUUUUUGAAAACAAUCUCCUGAGAAUAUUUUGACUAUUUUCAGAUUUUUGUCUUCAAUCGGUCAUUUUCCAGUCGCCUCAAGCCUCUGUUUCAAAGCGAGGCUAAGAGUAAAGCCAUUGAUAUGAAAAUGUUUUUUUCUUCUCAUAUACAAAUAAACUUCAUUUUCACAAGAGAGGUUUUGAACUUUGCCUCGUUUCGAAAGUGAGAGUUUUUGGAACUCGGAGAUGGCCAAUUGCGUUUUAACUGAAAGAUUUAAGACAGUCGUGGUGCUCAAUAAAUUAUUUUUCGAGUGGCAAACUGGAACAAAACAUGACAAAUCCACUUCCCAAAAACAGAAGAAAACUCGGAAGCGUUCAAGAAUCGUGUGUCACCACUUGCGCAAAGCAGGCCUCCCAGGAUUACAGGGCUCAAGAUUAGCACUCGCAAACUGAGUGGUUUUCGGAAGUUGCCUGUCAAAAGAAAAUCCUCUAGCAAAAAUUGGCGAGUAAGCAUUUCUCGAGCGGAAAUUUGAGAGUAAAGAUGAUCGUUGUUAAAGAAUCUUUACCAUUUGUUGGCUAAAAAACAAUGCAUACAUUGACUGAUUGUACGAGAGGAACGGGUGGCAUGUCAUCAAUGCUCAUUUGUUUUAUUUACAUCAUUACAAUGUACAUUUCAGCUUGGCACCGUGAUUUCUACUCGGUUCCACUAGGUGUGAGUAAGGCGGCUUUUUCAGCUUUAUCCUUUUAGACUGUCUAAGAAACCCCUCAUUUUUGGGAUGAUUCUCGGCCUCGAAGACAAACAAUAGCCUCUGAACUGCUUUGGCUAGUAGAAGAAAUUUUUACAAGCAAAGCUUUGCCAUUGAACUGAAAAUUAAGAUCUAGCCCUGUAGGAACGAGGUCGCAUUUUAGCGGAUUUCAAGUCAUUUUGUCAUUUUCUGUUCCACGAUCCUUUGUGUUUGACAGUAUCGAGUAACGUAAACCGCUUAAUUAAAUGUUAAAUAAAUACUGCAGGUUGAACAGCAUACAUAGGUCUCUAUUUUCGGAAUUACUAAAAAAGCGUGCAACGAAGUAAUGGCAGUAAGAUUGCAUACUUUAGUCUAUACAAUGUAUUAAAAUUGCUUUCACUGCGGUUUUGCGUAGCUGUAAAAAAAGACUACGAACAUUAUUUGUGAUAUUUUACGAGAACGACCCGCGGGUAGAAUAACUAGUUUAGGUGCAGAUUUUUUGUUGUUCAUAAUGUUGAGGCUGAUCGUUCUAUAUACAGUCCCGAUUCUACUUCAGGAAGUCAGGAAAUUGAGACAACUACGACAACGAAAGCAAAAGAAACAUUGAAAGUAACGAUUGAGCGAAAACAGGAGCUCGGCUCCAAUAGAUGGUCACCUCAGUGACCUCUGUGCUGUUUCGAUUGCCGAGUUAAAGUUUAUCCCACUUUUCGUAUGGAAAGAAAAAACAGAGUUUCUGCAGAGCCAAUAAUAAGUAUUUACUUGUUCGUUACACUGAUAUUAUGUAGACAAACAGAAGUUAAAAGAUUUAUAAGUGAUGGAAUGAUGGUAGUUGAAAUAAGUAAGAGCUUUUAAAGCCAGCUCACAAAAGGGAAAUAAUAAAUAAUUGCAGUGAUGUUCUUUCCUGGCCUGAAUCCAAAGCACUCUGCCGCAAAUCUGAAUCAAGUUGGACAGGGGAUUAUACCACAGGUACAAGUGCUACCACAUUAAAAGAUCUUAAAAUAGUUAUGCGAAAUUAGACUUAUUAGCAAAAUGGACUUAAAAAAUGAAGUAAUUAUUACAUUUCAUUUAAAACCUUCAUGCUUUUUUAGUAGACCUUAUCCACAAAACCUGCUAUCUUUGCACGCGCUUAAGGACUGGCGGGGUUAAAGCGACGUCACGUGGUUUCUCAGGGUCGCGGUCGCGCGAUCGCAGAAAAUUUACAAUUUUUCAUCUUAAAGACGAUAAUGGCAAAUUUUGGGUGGAAAUGAUCAUUGUUACCUCUUUGGAUGCAGUGGCGACUGUAGAUGUGGUAGGUACAGAACACAUGAUCACAGGUCACAGGACAAAAGGAGUAGUGUAGGAGCUGCUCGGAAGGUCUCUCCUAAUUGGUCGCAGGGAAAAAUGACAUGUCAUUCUUUCAAUCAAUAAUGACGUAAAACUUGACGAAACUCGAACCGUGCAUUUUUCAUCAUCGUUUCGUUUUGAGAAAAUAAAGAAACUCGACCGUUUUACCCCCUGAAAUACCACGUGACAUUGCUGUUAUCCGAUCAAUCCUCACGGCAGUAAAGGGCGUGCAAAGAGGCCGUGCAAAGAUGACGGGUAUCGUAGUGAAAUAAUGAAUGAGGUCUGUUUCCGUGCCCAUGGUCCGUACAAUCUUGAAAAGGGCUUGAAUUUUACUAGUCGUCUUGAAAAGUCCUUGAAUUCGGUUUAGGUCCUUGAAAAGUACUUGAUUUCUUUAUUAGGACUUGACUUGAAAAGUCCUUGAAAUUCACAACCUUGUUUACGGCAGACAACUUUUUUCUGUUAAAUUAGAUUAUUUUGGCGAGGAACAUUUGCCUCAUCCCUCGGUGUAAGAACCUGUAAAACUCACGGGUAACGUAAAGACAUUUUGUGCAUGAACAAUAUUAUAUUUCUGUUUCUUUAUUUCAAAUGCUAUUUCUGUACCUCAGAUGCAAUUGCAACUGAGUCAUACACAGUCAUUUUGCAAAGCCUUGUUGCGGCAAAGUAGUAGAAAUUUCGUGAUCCAUUAUGGCCGAAGACGUAAAAUAGGUAAAUGGUUCCAUGACGUGUUUUUGCCAAUAGGGUGAUCAGAGGGGGUUAAAGAAUGUCGAUUUAUUAAAUAAAUCUUAGUCCUUGAAAACUGAAAUUUGCCCUUGAAAAAUCCUUGAAAAGUCCUUGGAAAUGUGUUUGUCUGAAGUUGUACGAACCAUGUGUGCCUGAGAUAAAACCGUCUGUAGCUAAUUGUCGCUAUGGUAGUUAGAGGAUUAAUUGGUUGGUUUGCCUGUUUUCAGUCAGAUAUUUCCAUUACUUGCCGGUAUUUUUUAUUACUUCAGCCUGUAAAUACGCAUCCUACAUUACUUAUUAAUUAAAUGAAGUGCUUUCUCAAC